AUGGCAAAGAAGGUUAUAUCUGACGAAGUCAUUAUUGACAGUGACGCGGGGCUGUCCACCGAUUCUGAGGCAGAGAGGGAGCUUGAGGAGAAGGCCGUUGAGUUCCAAGCGCCAAAGAAGUACAGCAAGCAAGAUGGGAAGAAGAAGCCUAGUGGGUUUGAAGCUCUGGGCAAGAGGGAUAAAGUAUGGCUGAUCAAGGUUCCCAAGGACGUUGAUGUGGAUGCAAUCAAGGAGAUUCCAGCUGUUGGAAAAGAGAUUGAAAUCAACGGUAAGCUCUACGGGAUCAGUCAGGAGGAAGCAAGAAGUGACCAGUUCCAGCUGCUACUUCCUGAAGGUACUGGGUAUAGAACGUGUGGGGUUGGCAUUUCGAAGGUUGUUGACCUCCAUGAGAAAAUCAGGAUUCCAGAAAUCAACUACUCACAGGUUGUCACUCCACGAGAGAAUGUUGAGAGGGAGGAAGGUCUCAGAAUGAGGCACUUUCCCACCGGCUACUAUAUCAAGGACUACGAGGAGGCACAAGAGCCUGUUGUGCCCGGUCCAAACGCAGGCUCGAAGAAAAGAAGACACAGUGCCGGUGAAGGAGACGAUGAUGCCAAUGUAGAUGGCGAUGACGCCGCAAAGAGUAAGAAGAGCAAGAAGGACAAGAAGAGCAAAAAGGACAAAAAGGACAAGAAGGACAAGAAGGAGAAAAAGGACAAGAAGGACAAGAAAGCAAAGCAUUAG